CCAGUAUAAAAGGUCUGGUCAGCUCCUGCUCGGGCACCUUUCUCAGCUCAGCUCUCUUCGGUACCUGGACCCAGAGGAGGACCGCUCAACGUGAUGCUUCUCUCCCAAACACUCUGCCUGUGCUUGGCACUAGCACUCAGCUAUGCUGCUCCAGCGAUCCAUGAUGUAAUGAUGUCAGACCACGGCCACGACCACCACGAGGAUCAGGUCCACCACAACGCCAACCCAGACCGGUGUGACGGCAUCGAGUUUGACGCCAUCGCCCCCGACGAGAAAGGACACACCUUCUUCUUCAAGGGGGAUCACCUGUGGAACGGCUUCAAUGGUUCAGCUCAGGUCUCCAGUGCCUUCUUCAGGGAGCUAGAUGACUACCAUCACCUGGGGCAUGUUGACGCUGCCUUCCGCAUGCACAACAAAGAAAAACCUGAAAAACAUGAUCACAUCUACUUUUUCCUGGACGACAAGGUUUUCAGCUACUAUAACCACAGUCUGGAGGAGGGCUACCCCAAGGACAUCCAGCUGGACUUCCCAGGGGUGCCCAGCCACCUGGACGCUGCGGUGGAGUGCCCCAAGGGAGAGUGUAACUCAGACUCUGUCCUAUUCUUCAAGGGAGAAGAAGUGUACAACUAUGACAUCGCCACUCAGUCAGUAAAGGAGAGACAGUGGGCCCACCUGCCCAACUGUACGUCUGCCUUCCGUUGGCUAGAGCAAUACUACUGUUUCCAUGGUCACAACUUCACCCGGUUCCACCCUGUAUCUGGGGAGGUGAAUGGUGUGUACCCUAAGGACUCCAGGCACUACUUCAUGAGGUGCCCCAAUUUCGGCCAUGGCGGUGAGACAAAGGUUCCCAAAUGCAGUGAAGUGACAUUGGAUGCCAUCACCUCAGACAACUCAGGCAAAACCUAUGCCUUCACUGGUCAUAAUUAUAUGCGUCUAGACACCCAUCGUGAUGGUAAACAUACCUUCCCCAUUGCCAGAACCUGGAAGGAAGUGACCAACGGGGUGGAUGCAGUCUUCUCCUACAGUGACAAGAUCUACAUUAUCAAGGGCGACCAAGUUUACAUCUACAAAUCAGCAGCUCCCUCCACUCUGAUUGAGGGCUACCCUAAAAGCCUGAAUGAGGAGCUGGGCAUCGAAGGGCCUGUGAACGCAGCCUUUGUUUGUGCAGAUCACCAUAUUGUGCACAUUAUUCAAGGACGGAUGAUGAAGGACAUUGACCUGUCUGCCACCCCUAGGGUAGUAGCCAGAGAGUCCCCACUGCCCAUCUCCGGCAUCGAGGCAGGCAUGUGUGGCCCUGAUGGAGUCAAAGUGUAUGUGGGCUCUGAGUACUACCACUACGAGACCCCCAGCCUCCUGGCUUCCAGCAGGAUGCUCCAAGAGCCUAAAAAAAUCACCCCAGACAUGAUGGGCUGUGUCGAAUAGGAGUCAGUUUAUGUUAGAUACCUUUUCGAAGAAUAACAACUGUGAUCAUCUGUUCUCAAUGGACAACAUCAAAAUGUAUAAUCACAUGUUAAAGUAACUGUCCAGGAAAGGUUUUCUGUUAACUCAUACCCAAAUAAUGUUGACUCAUCCUAUACUCUUUUCUGUGGCCAAAGCAUACAUUUGAGAAAAAACACUUCCGAAAUCCCAGGUAAUUUUUUUUAAUCUCAAACAGACUGCUUGCUAUUUCCUCAUAGAGGAUGAUAUUAUCAGUGUUCUAAUCGCAUUCAUAUUUGUAAUGAUCAGUAUAUGCCAAAACCAUUCUGUUGUGUUGGGGUACCCACACAUCCUUUCCAACACAGAAAAGCUGCAUUUAAACAUACUUCAUUUUUUUUAAAUGUGGAAGGAAAACUAUCUCAUAUUGGAAUGAAUUAUAGGACAUAUUUCAUAGAAAUCUGGAAACACUUGGCAGUUACUUUAACUUGACACCACAACUCACAAGUCACCCAAACAAUGUUUUUUACGGUUCAAAUAAUAUUUUAUCACAUUUUUGUUGAACAUUUGUGUAUGACAGAGAUGAGUUGAAUUAAAAAGAUACAAAGAACCUGAAA